AUGGUUUUGCAAAACGGAAUUCACGAGGAAAAAGAGUUGGGUAUCACCGGGUACUCGGUGAAAUGGGUGCUGGAAAAGUUGGAGGAGUGCUGCGAUGACUAUGUUAAGGCUAGAGACGAUCGAAAAGUUGUUGAUGUAAGAAAAAGUUUCGAAUAAAUUGGAAAUCGCCUUUUUGACAAAUGUAUGUCAAUUUCAGAUCGAAGCCGUUGAUGUCUCCGAGGGAAAAGGCUACCUAUCUCGAGUAUUCGUUACAACCAUUACAUUCGACGAUGGGGACAACUACAAAAUCGCCAUGAAAGUCCCAACCUACUCAAUUAUCGAGGAUAAGGUCAAGGAAAUGGGUGGCUUUGAAAAUGUAAGACCAUGUUCUAAAUAUGCACUUUCAAGAACGUAUGAGGCUCUUAGACGAGGCAUCGUUACUCAGUAAUCCUGGUUCUUGCAGCAUAAUCACGAAGAAGGCCGAGCCAACAUCAACCUGGCUCACGACAUUGAAUGUGAUGCCAUUUCCUUCGUCUCCACAUUUCCCAAUUUCCCUUCUCCCAAAGUUUAUUUCACUCAAAAGACGAGAGAAGGCCAAGACUGUGGCCUUCCUGGUCGCGACGCCCCAGGUGUUAUUAUCAUGAAAGCCAUCGAUGGCGCUUCUCUGGGCAUCAUCCGAUCCGUUACGACCGAGCAGUGUCUCAACUUUGCGAUCGAUUUUGCAACUUUACAAGACUAUGUAGCACAAUCGCCAGAGUCGAAAUGGAAGGGGAAAUUUGACAGUUACCUGCAUUUCGACAAGGGAAUGUUCGAUGCCUGUAAAAUAGGGAUGAACCGGCUAAAGGAUGAAUUUCCAGAAGAGCUCGCUGAGAUAAGUAAUUUAUUUGAAUCGCUAGAUUGGGAAAAGUUCUCCAAACAUGCCCUGAAGACAAUACCUGAACAGCUGAACGCUACAACUUAUGCUCACGGUGACGCAUGGACUAACAAUGUCAUGUUCAAGAAGAAUCCGGAUGGAAGUGUGGGGAAUGAAGCGUUGGCUUACAUCGAUUAUCAAAUCGGAUUUGAAGGUGACAAAUCAAAAGUUUAUAGUGCAAAGUAUUUUUAGGAAGUCCUCUCUUUGAUAUUGCCCGAUUUUUGACAUUGUGCGCUGAUGCGGAAGUCAGACGGGAAAUCACAACACCAACAUUGAAGACUUACUAUAAAAAGCUGACUGAAUUGUAUGGAAAACGUGGAGAAAACGUUCCCUUCAGCUUUGACGAGGUAAACUUUAAAAUGAGUUCGACAGUCUGUGUAACAAUUAAAAAAGCAACGAUUUUUUACAUGUAAAUAAGUUGUGGCCCGAAAGAAAAGAAGCCCAGCUAAAAACGCAAAUUUCAGGCCGAGGAAAUGUAUGACCUCGCCUACGUCCAACAGACAUACGAACUCGUCAUUAUCGCCGCCUUUAUGGAGAAGGACGCAACAGUAGCGCCCGAAGUAACAGAAGCUCGAUCGGCCAAACUAAAACUACGAACAAGAUUCGCUAUGUUGGACGCGCUACAAGUUUGGAAGAAGCGAAACUACUCAAAACUAUUCGCGCAGUUCAAAUUAUUGGCAUAA